AUGUUGCAAGUUUCAAAAACGAAAUAUUUGAAUAAAUGCUUGCCGGAAAAUUGCGUCACAAAUAGUUUCAAGGCGAUUUCGCAAAUCGCCAAUUGGAAAUCAACCGCGCAAAUUUCGCAAGGCGCUGACAGCGAAACGGAGAAAAAGAUUUCCGCGUUUAAACAAUCAAUUAAAAUUCUCGCAAUGGACAUCGAACGAAUUGAGCAGCAAAAAGUCCGCGAAUAUGAAAUGGAAAAAGCCGAUGAAACGUUUGAGAAAUUGUUGGAAAUCGAGAAAGCGAAAAUGAAUUUGAAAACGAACAUGGGAAUUCUAAAAAUGGAACUAAUCGAUGCGACGAAUCAAGAUGACGCUGAACGAGAUGUUCAUUAUCACUUGGAAGACUUUCGACAUCAUUACAAAAAUUUUCAAAUUUCGCUCGAACAAUUCGAGAAAAGGUACGAUCUACAAAAACAAGCGGACCACGACGAUCUAAUCGAAAAUCUAUUGGCCAUGCGAAACAUUUGCUCGAAAAUUGAUGAACAAGUCGGAACUUCGAACGAUUUGAGCAAAAUUGAGAGCAACAUCGAUAAUUUUAUCGAGGUUGUGAAUAAUGUGGCCGUUAAAAUGGCUGACGGCAAAUUUUCGAAGAAACCCUUCGAGCAACUGAAAAAUGAGCUCGACAAUCUCGUCAAAUCGAUAAGCCUCGAAAAGUCGAAUCACGUCACAAAUGUGCUCGAAAAUGCACGAAUUCUCGAUAACGAAAAAAAAUUCGCGAUUCAAUAA